GAAUUGGCCAAGGGCGACAGACUGAAACUAUCCCAUCUCGUCCGAGAGAAGGACUUGUGGCCAAACUGGAAAGGCUGGAGUGCAGCAGCCACGAGGAGAACACUCAUAUUCGGAUUUACCAGCCACGUAUGAAGUUCUGAUGUGGAGUACAACCUGCUUUUGUUGUUCAGAAGCCCCCCCCCGCGGCUCUCUAAACGGAGAUUCUCAGCUUGCACUUAUUCCUCUCUAUUUUAAUGUGUGUCAAUGCGGUUUUAUAAUUCUCCGCCCACACACUUGACAGCAACGUUGGAGCAAAGUGGGGUUUCAUUUCGUCAAAAGUUAAACGCCCCAACCCCACUGGCCUAAACAAAAAUAUCACUCGGCUCAAAGCAGAGCUGGUUCCUUUACUGGCCGAGACCGGGACAAGUAUGGAGUUGUAAACCACGGAACAGCUGAACUGCGGAGAAAUCAGUGGACAGGAGCCAGAAAGAUAUCUAUCAAUCUGUGCCUGAGCCUCUGCAGCCCUGCGGGAUAAAGAAUUUGAAGGAUUCUCCGUUGUCUGAGUGAAGAGAUUCCUCCUCAUGCAAAAUACUGAACUGGUUACACCUUAUUCUGAGACUGGGAUCCGUGGUUCUGGACCCCUCGGGUCGGGAGAUGAACACCUGUGGUUCGGAGGUGGAGAAUCUCAGCAGUGGGAAGGACGAUGACGAAGCAGUGUGGGACAAUGUGGAGUCUAAUCGGCAUGUCCUCAGCCGCUACAUUAACUCAGCCAAGCUCACACCGUACCUCCGUCAGUGUAAAGUCAUCGACGAGCAGGAUGAAGAUGAGGUGCUCCACUCACCCAUGCUGACGUCCAGAAUCAACCGGUCAAGUCGUCUGCUAGAUAUCCUUCAAACAAAGGGAGAGAGAGGAUAUGUUGUUUUUCUGGAGAGUCUUGAGUUCUAUUAUCCAGAACUGUACAAGUUGGUCACUGGCAAGGAGCCCACACGACGAUUCUCAACAAUUGUUGUGGAGGAAGGACACGAGGGUCUGACGCAGUUCCUGAUGAAUGAAGUGAUCAAACUGCAGCAGCAGACCAAGGCAAAGGAGGUGUCGCGCUGCGACCUGCAGGUGAAGAUGAAACAACUGGAGGAUGAGAAGAAACAGCUGAAGCUGGUGAACCAGGAGCUUCACACGUUCCAAGAACGUUACAACAAGAUGAAAGAGGAGAGGAACAACUACAACGAUGAGCUUAUGAAAGUCAAAGAUGACAAUUACAAUUUGGCCAUGCGGUACGCACAGCUCAGUGAAGAGAAGAACAUGGCGGUGAUGAGAAGCAGAGACCUGCAACUCCAGAUCGAUCAGCUAAAACACAGAUUAAACAAGGUGGAGGAAGAAUGCAAAUUGGAACGCAACCAAUCCCUCAAACUGAAAAAUGACAUUGAGCAGCGGCCAAGGAAAGAGCAGAUGCUGGAAUUGGAACGAGACAAUGAAAUGUUAAAGACUAAAGUCCAGGAACUACAAUCGGUCAUUCAGGCUGGGAAGCGUAGUUUACCCAACUCCGAGAAGGCAAUCCUCGACAUCUUGGAGCACGAUCGCAAGGAGGCCCUGGAAGACAGGCAGGACCUUGUUAACAAGAUUUACAACCUGCAGGAGGAGAACCGGCAGGCAGAGGAGCUCCGGGACAAGUAUCUGGAAGAGAAAGAGGAUUUGGAGUUAAAAUGCUCGACGCUGGUUAAAGACUGUGAGAUGUACAAGCACCGGAUGAACACUAUUAUGCUUCAGUUGGAGGAAGUGGAGAAAGAACGAGAUCAGGCAUUCAGAUCGCGAGAUGAAGCCCAGACACAAUUCUCCCAGUGUCUCAUUGACAAAGAUAAAUAUCGGAAACAAAUCCGGGAACUGGAAGAAAAGAAUGACGAGCUUCAGAUUCAGAUCGUCAGGAAGGAGGGGAAGAUCGUCGCCUUGGAGUCGAAACUCCGCCGUCUGUCCAAGGAUACCAUCUCUGCCGAUCAGAGCCUGCCGCGGAAUAUUCCCAUCAUCUCCCAGAAUUUCUGCCACUCCUACCAGAAGAGCAAUGGUCAGGAGCCGGAGAGCUCGUCAACAUCCGAGGAAUCUCCUGAGGACAGCGAGUUCUUUGUGCAGGAGCCGCGACUGAGACGCCGACCCAACCUCAAGGUCUUUGGAAUCGGACGCCCCAAGUCUCCGUGCACCUUUCCCAGGCAUCAGGAUUAUCAAGAUGAAGAUAUGUCGGAUGUCAGCAGUACCAAGAUGGAAACUCCGAAUUCCAUGAACGGCAGUGACCCUCUCAAUUUUAUGCAGACAUUGAGACCUCGGUUUCCCAGCGUCAUGUCAACGACCCCUGAGCCGCCCUGCAAUGACUCCAUUCUACGGAGGACCAGAGAGGGAGAGCGGGAUAUGCCGUACAGAAAUAUAACAGAUGAGGACAUCGACAGCAUCUGCUGCUAUAACUUUGAUAUCAACCAAACAGAGACAGAUGAUGAAUAUCAGGAGAGAAUCUCGCACGGGCCCCCCUCUGUCUAUUCAUCUUCAUCAUCCUAUCAAUCGGAAGCACUGGAUUCAUGUGACUUCGAGCACGUCGAUGCCAUCUUCAGAAAAUUCUCCUUGGAAAGACCUUUCCGUCCAUCUGUGACCUCCGCCUCCCAGAUCAGUAACCCCCUGAAGCAAAUGCAACACACAACCCUGGAUGGCGACAACCUCGUGUCAGAAAUCUCCUUUGUCGGGGGAAACGAGAGGGGGAUUUUCAUCCAGUCAGUACAGCCAGCCUCUGCCGCUGAGAAGGCAGGACUGAAAGAAGGACACCAGAUGAUUCUGCUGGAAGGUUGCAUCAGGGGAGAAAUCCAAACGGUUCCUCUGGAAAACUCAACCAAAGAAGAAGCCCAUUGGACAUUACAACGUUGCUCUGGACCAGUGACGUUGCACUUUCGAGCAAACUUUGACGGUUACAAGAAACUGCAAAAGGAUCUGGAAGAUGGCUGCAUCACGUCGGGGGAUUCGUUUUACGUUCGAGCCAAUCUGAGUAUCGCCGGGCAGACGGACAGCUGCUCGAUGUGCGUGAAGUGUGACGAGAUCAUUCACGUCUUAGACACCAUGUUCCAGGGCAGAUGUGAAUGGCUGUGCUCUCGAGUCGACCUGUUCACCGACAAGGACCUGGAAAGAGGCACCAUUCCGAGUUGCUGCAGAGCUCAGCAGCUGCUCCUGGUGAAGCUUCAGAGACUGAUGUACCGUGGCAGCAGAGACGAGACAGAAAAUCAAUAUAGCACGCUCCGCGGAUUAUGGAGCCUUUUCCAGCAUGAAGAACAACCUCCUACUGAUCCCAGGGCUCCACGCCUCUCGCGAGCAAGUAUUUUCCUCGGCCAGAUUUUACAGUUUGUCAGCAGGUCCGACAACAAGUACAAGCGGCUGAACAGCAGCGAGCGAGUGCGGAUUGUCACCAGCUCCCCCUCCGGACCAGUCAAAGCCUCUUUCGAAACACUGAAGCUCUCGGCUGACAAGCAAGACGACUUAGAUCCAGAGAGCGACAUGAAGAAGAGCUUCACCCUGAUCCCCUACAGCUUGGUGCAUCCGUACCAUACGCAACGGAAGCGUCCUGUGCUCUUCUCACCCACCCCACUGGCCAAGUUACUCGUGCAAAAGUUACUCAAUUCCGGAGAAUCCAUGGAAUAUGACAUCUGCAAACCAGAUAUUUUAAACAAAGAAGAAUAUUUACAGAAACUGAAGUCUGAGCCGAUUAUUUUCUCCCGAGAAAAACAUUUAAACGCUUUUGAAUGCGUCAUGCCGGCCAGCAUCAAAGCUGUGACUGCCAAGAAUAAACAUUGUUUACUGGAAGCCGGGCUGAGCUGCACGAGAGAUUUAAUUAAGAAAGACAUCUAUCCAAUUAUAAUCGUCAUUAGAGUCUGUGAGAAGAACAUCAAACGUUUCAGGCGGUUGCCCGCAAAACCAGACAGUGGCGAGGAAGAGCUGUUGAAAAGCUGCCGCUCGAACGAGAGUGAACUGGAGGCCCUCCCCUGCCUGUACGUCACGGUGGAGUCUGAGUGCUGGAGUAGCAUCAAGGACCUCAUUAAAAUCAUCAAAGAGAGAAUUGCUGAAGAGCAGAAGAAGACAAUUUGGAUCGAGCAAGAUCAGCUCUAGAAAAUGACCACAUAAUAGCGAGCUCCAGGACAUGAGCCGGCGGUGAAGCACAUAUACACACACACAGACAGACAGACAGACACACGCACGCACGCACGCACACACGUACACACACACACACACACACACACACACACACACACACACACACACACACACACAC